AGUGGGCGGUGCCGGCGACGCCACGCCCCGGCCCGGCCCGGCCCCCCGGAGGCCCCGGCGCCCGGCCGUAUUUAUAGCGGCGGCGCCCGGCGCGCCGCGUCUCCCCAGCUGGCCCGGGCCGCGGCUUUCCCGAGCGGCGCGCGCAGCGGCCCCCGCGCCCCCAGCCCCGGCGCCAUGGAGCGGCCGGCGCCCCUGGCCGUGCUGCCCUUCUCGGACCCCGCGCACGCGCUGAGCCUGCUGCGCGGCCUGAGCCAGCUCCGCGCCGAGCGCAAGUUCCUGGACGUGACCCUGGAGGCGGCGGGCGGCCGCGACUUCCCGGCGCACCGCGCCGUGCUGGCGGCCGCCAGCCCCUACUUCCGCGCCAUGUUCGCCGGGCAGCUGCGCGAGAGCCGCGCCGAGCGGGUGCGCCUGCACGGCGUGCCGCCCGACAUGCUGCAGCUGCUGCUCGACUUCAGCUACACGGGCCGCGUGGCGGUGAGCGGCGACAACGCCGAGCCGCUGCUGCGCGCCGCCGACCUGCUGCAGUUCCCGGCCGUGAAGGAGGCGUGCGGCGCCUUCCUGCAGCAGCAGCUCGACCUCACCAACUGCCUGGACAUGCAGGACUUCGCCGAGGCCUUCAGCUGCGCGGGGCUGGCGAGCGCGGCGCAGCGCUUCAUCCUGCGCCACGUGGGCGAGCUGGGCGCCGAGCAGCUGGAGCGGCUGCCCCUGGCGCGGCUGCUGCGCUACCUGCGCGACGACGGGCUGUGCGUGCCCAAGGAGGAGGCCGCCUACCAGCUGGCGCUGCGCUGGGUGCGCGCCGACCCGCCGCGCCGCGCCGCGCACUGGCCGCAGCUGCUCGAGGCCGUGCGCCUGCCCUUCGUGCGCCGCUUCUACCUGCUGGCGCACGUCGAGGCCGAGCCGCUGGUGGCCCGCUGCCCGCCCUGCCUGCGCCUGCUGCGCGAGGCGCGCGACUUCCAGGCGGCGCGCUACGACCGCCACGACCGCGGGCCUUGCCCGCGGAUGCGCCCGCGCCCCUCCACCGGCCUCGCCGAGAUCCUGGUGCUCGUGGGCGGCUGCGACCAGGACUGCGACGAGCUGGUCACCGUCGACUGCUACAACCCGCAGACGGGCCAGUGGCGCUACCUGGCCGAGUUCCCCGACCACCUGGGCGGGGGCUACAGCAUCGUGGCGCUGGGCAACGACAUCUACGUGACGGGCGGGUCGGAUGGCUCCCGGCUCUACGACUGCGUGUGGAGGUACAACUCAAGUGUGAAUGAGUGGACGGAGGUGGCACCCAUGCUGAAGGCCCGGGAGUACCACAGCUCCUCCGUGCUGGACGGGCUGCUGUACGUGGUGGCUGCGGACAGCACGGAACGCUACGACCACACCACCGACUCCUGGGAGGCCCUGCAGCCUAUGACCUACCCCAUGGACAACUGUUCCACCACGGCCUGCCGUGGCCGGCUCUACGCCAUCGGCUCUCUGGCCGGCAAGGAGACCAUGGUGAUGCAGUGCUAUGACCCGGAUGUGGACCUGUGGUCGCUGGUGGACUGCGGCCAGCUCCCACCCUGGUCCUUUGCCCCCAAGACAGUGACUCUGAAUGGACUCAUGUACUUCAUCAGGGACGACUCUGCCGAGGUGGACGUGUAUAACCCCACCAAGAACGAGUGGGAUAAGAUCCCGUCGAUGAAUCAGGUACGUGCGCAGACACGCCAGCACGAGGAGCGCGGGCUGGUCCUGGUUUCCAACCACAGUGUCAGCGUGCAUGUAGGGGGCAGCCUGGCCGUCCUUGGAGGGAAGCUCUACGUCUCCGGGGGCUAUGAUAACACCUUUGAACUCUCGGACGUGGUGGAGGCCUACGACCCAGAGACUCGGGCAUGGAGUGUGGUGGGGCGGCUCCCGGAGCCCACCUUCUGGCACGGCAGCGUCAGCAUCUUCCGCCAGUUCAUGCCCCAGACGCCCCUGGGUGGGCGCGGCUUUGAGCUGGACAGCGGCAGCGGUGACGUGGGUGUGGGCUGGCCCCAGCCGCCGCGGAACCCCGCCGAGCUGCACUAGCCCCAGCCCCGCCCGGGGAGGGCCUCAGUGCGGGUAACCCGGCACCUUAGGGGGCAGCACCCCCAUCCUUCGUGCACCAGGACAGGUUGGGCUCACCAGCUGGAGCGUGGGCUCGGGGGCUGCCGAGCGAGCCUGGGGAUCUGACACCUGGAGCGUCUCUGUGCUAUUUAGAGCCUGGGUCGCAGCUGCUGGGGUGAAGGCCGGCUGAGAAUGCCCCUCCCUCAGUCCAGGAAGAGCUGCCUCCCCACCACCAUGUCUCUGGCUCCGGCAAGUCACCCCCCCCCCCCCCGCAGGCCCCCAGCUCACCACUCCAGGGACACGCCCCUCUUGUAGCUGCCACUGUGCCUCCCUGCUCUCCCCUCGGAGAGGAGGGCCACAUCUGGGUAUGAGCGGAGGGGGCGGGGUCCUUCCAAGAGAGUCUGAGGAUGGCCUCGCUGCAGGCCCUGCUGUCCUAGAGCAUCGAUGAUCAGGCAGACGAUGGCUGCAGUGGGGUCCCACUCCACUGCCAGGGCCAGACACCCGGCGGGCCAGCGCCCCAGGUGGAAGGGCUCUGCCUGCCCCGCUCCUUGCCCUGCUGGGGUCUCGCACCAAAACACACCUCAUGGGUGGGCCUCCCAGAGGUGAGCUCAGACCUGGGGGCACAGGGCAGUGGGACUGGACAGGAGUGUGGCCUUGAAGGGGGCCCAGAGGGACCUGCUGAGUGUUUGCUGUCUCCAGUGGGCCUGGGCCCACGCAGGUGCUGGGGGUCCCUGUCCACACACCCACCCGCGGGUGUGGCCCCACCUGGCAUGGGGGCCUCCGGGACCUUCAUCCCAGACCAGUGCGGAAGAGGACAGAAGCCUGCAAGUGCAAGGUCGUAGCUCCUCCCUGGGAGGCCUUGGGACUUUGUCGCUGAAGCCUAGCCAGGCAAACAGCUGCAGACACCCUCGCACAGCGGUCUGUGAGCGGAGGAUCCCGUUGCUUCUCAAGCAGGCCCGGGGCGGGGCAGACUCAGUGCUCGGUCACAAGGUUUCAAACACAGUUGGCCUUUGCCUAAAAGAAGGGGAGGCAGCUAGAAACAGGGUCUGUUCUGUUGGAUUUAUAACCUCUCCCGGUGCCCUUGCUGAGGCUUUCUGCAGGGUGGGGGGAUGCCGCAAGCUCCUCCGAAGGCUGGGCUUCUCCAGGAAGGUGGCAGGAGGAGCUCCCGGGACCCCCUAGCUGGUGUCCCUGGUUUUCUCUGAGGCGUGUGAGCAUUUCGGUAGAUUGGCGGUCUUGGCCCCUCAAGGUUCCCAAAGUAGCCUUUGCUUGAAUCUGCUCUUCCCUUCCAGAGGGGAGGACGUUUACAUUUUCCUCGUUAGAUGAAUGUCCAUCAGUGUGUUCUCACCAAGGAAAAAAGCUUUCUUCACAAGUGGCACUUAAAACCCUUUCGUUGGCCGGACGCCUUGGGGUGCUUGUUGGGUGGGGCCCUGCCUUCCCUCCUGCAUCCUUUGAGGAGCCCUGGCGGGGGGCCGUCGCUGUCAGGUCAGCCGUCUUGCUCUGGAACCCCCUCUGGGGUGGCCACCGCUCACAGCCAGCCCUUCCGGUCCCCUCGCGUCGCGGCUCGUCAGCUGGCCGCUCCCAGCCCCCCAUGUGGCAGGCACGGUGGGAAGGCGGCGGGAGGGGGUGGGUGCCUCCUGCCACAGGCCUUGGCCAGGGUGGGUGCUCGGCCCUCUGUUCCCUCGGGGACCCUCCCCCGGGUCCCCCUCCUGGUCUGUGCGUCCUCCCCCCAGGGUGGCCGAAGCCCCAGGGGCUCCCCCUCCACAGCCCGCACCUCACUUCCCAGGGGUUACUGAGACCGUUCUUCCAGCCCAGGUGCCUGCCUGGCGGGCUGAGCCCACGCAGAGGCGGUCCGGCUCCCGGGGGUGGCUCCAGUUCCCCUGCAGGCAGAGGCUGCCAGGCCUGAUCGCCUGUCUCCUGUCGGGGGCAGGGGGGCGGCAAGGCAGGGCUGCAGGGGAAUGAUGAAGCCCUGAUUAUAUGCCAGUCACCAAGCUCGGUGCAAGACCGUGCCCUGCCCAGUGGGUGUGACAAGCCACACAGAGAUGUGGUGAUGACUUCUGUGACGGGUCAUGGGCGGGCAAGGCCUGAUCUCAUGGGAGACUCCUGGUGCCUCUCGGGGGCUGUCUCCGUAAAGGGCCCUGACAGCCCCAGAAGGCAGGGCAGGGAGUGGGGGGCAGACAAGUGCCAUGGUCACUGGAACUCCCCCCGCCUCCCUCCAGGCAGGUGUGGCUGUGCCUCUGUGUCAAAGGCAGGGAUUUUCUAUAGGCAGUGACGCACAGGGAGAGCUUUUUUGCUGCGACAGGGGACUGCAAACACGUCUUUCUCAUAUAAACCAGCCUUUAUUGCCUGCUGCGGUGGUUCUGGUCAGCGCUGAGGGCCGGAGCCCGGGCCCAGGUCUUUGUCUGGUCGUCCCUGUUUUUGGUCCUUCACCGUGGGACCGAGCAUCCCACUCUCUGGUGGCGGUGCAUCGUGGGGGCUGGGGCGGUGCAGUGAUGUUCACUCUAGAACCACGCAGGUCCCUGUCCCUCAGAUCCCGUCUUUGGUUUAAAAGACCGAAGAUGGGAAGAGGACACAGCAGCCCUGGCAACAGCAGGCUCCAGCUGGGGGUCCGGGAUCAGGGACGACCCCUGAGAAGCAUCUCCUCCCUCCCCUGCCCCCCCCCGCUCCUCGCGGGCUCGGGUUCCCAUCACUCACACGUGUCUGUGUACUGACGGGCCGGGCCCGCCGGGGAGGGCCUGUCUCUACCCAUGGAUGGACGCAGCUUUCUCAGUCAGUGAGACGAGGUAUAAGAUUCAGUGACUAGUGUGUAACGCUGACCUACUGCUGUAGAGUGUUCUGUAUUUAUAUGCCUUCAGAGACUCUUCUGGAUGCGGACCCCUCCCUCCAGCGUCCGACAUCCAGUGCCCGCUCCAGAGCGUGGGGCAGAUUUGUGUAUUUAUUUGUCUGUUGGGUAGGCUGAUGUGUCCAGCAUCCUGUUUAAGGUUUUAGGAUACCUUCAAUACAUAACGUUUUGGAAUAAAAACAUUUCCUAUACAUUUGGUGUCAUUGCCUCUGUCCUGCUGCUGCUGGAUCUUGGAACCUUUGCGCUGAGACCAAGUGCGUGGGGCAAAGGGAGCGA